UUCGCGAAGGAGUAAUAGGUAAUAACGAGCUCCCUCUCUAAAUGAAAAAUAAGUAUCUCCCAUGGUGAUUUACUGAUAUUCCAGAAAGUUCCACAGUUUGGGCAUAGCGUUCAAGCUGAAGGGUUUUCCGUUGUAGCCAUCGACACUGAAUCAGCAAUGCCUCGGUACUACUGUGACUACUGCGAUACUUAUUUGACCCACGAUUCGCCAUCUGUUAGAAAGCAACAUAAUUCUGGAUACAAACACAAGGCAAAUGUGAGGUCUUACUAUCAGCAAUUUGAAGAGCAACAAACCCAGAGUUUGAUUGAUCAACGGAUCAAAGAACAUCUUGGGCAAGCUGCGGCUUUUCAGCAGGUUGGUGUGGCUUUUAAUCAUUUAAUGGUUCAAAGGCCAAACCUUCCUCCUGUAAUGCCACCCCCAAGAUUUCCUAUUCCUGGAACUCAACCAAUGAUGCCAGGGGUCAGACCUCUCAUGCCCAGACCGAUUCCUGGGCCACCGGGGUAUGUUUCUGCACCUACCAUGCCACAAAUGAUUCCUCCACCUGGGGCCCCUCAGAUACCGGGUCAGCUAAUUACCCUACCAAGGCCACCUUCAUUAGCUCCCCCACCUACAGCUCCUGGAAGCACUGCAGCACCACCUUCCAAUGGUGCUCCCUCAAUGGCAUCAUCAGCAAUGUAUCAAACUAAUCCACCGGCACCAUCAUCUGGAGGCUAUGACAAUUACAACGCCAAUGCUCAAGCACCUGAGGGCAAUCAGUGACCUGGUCUAACUUUUCUCUCUGCAUAAUCUCUGUUGGAGUCUUAUGACUAGAAUUAUCUGUGCUCUUUCAGUCAGCUGUUGCUCGAAUGAGGACUCUCACAAGCCAUAUUUGGCCAUAUUGGGAGCAAUCAUGUACUUAAAUUAUUUGUAUGUAGCAUGUCAAGCAGCUUGAAUGUGGGAAAAAGUUUUUUACUUACUUUUUAUCCCGGAUGAAAAAUUUAUAUUGAAGUGCUGAUUGUGUGUAAAUUUUCUGACAUGGUUUAUGAUUGUCUUCAUUUUGCAUCUGCUUUUUCUUUGAGAUCGUAGCUUUAUCAAGUGACAUAGUUGCUACUACAUGUUCGAGAGAGAAUUCAUAUAAUUCAUAUUAAAUGCUAUAUGCUCCAAAUCUUUUGGAUGAA